AUGGACUGGAUAUCCACCACGACCGGCUGCUUCGCCGUCAGCAACGCCCUCGCCAAAACCGCCAGCGAUCUCCACCGCUUCGUGCGCGACGUCCGCGAGUCCCGUGCCGAUCUCGCCCCGUUGUCCGCCGAGCUGCAUGCCCUGGACGGUGUGCUCGACCUGCUCAAAGACGAUGCCGCCUCCGUGAGCUUUCCGGCCGACCUGGCCCUGCAGACGCCAGCUGUCGUCGCCGGCAGUGGCGCGGUCGUGGCAGACUUGGAUGCCAUUUUUUCCGACGGCGGCAGUGGCAGCGGCGAUAGCGACGACGAUCCCAUGCCGUCGUCGUCCGUCUCACCUCAGGAGAAACGAGCGCGCUGGCUGGCCCUGCGCCCGCACAUUGCGGAGUCCCGCACCAUCCUAGAAGUGUACCGCCUUGCCCUCGGGCUGGCUCUGGAUCUGGUGGCAUUAACACAAAAGACACACACCGCAGACUCGGACACAGCCGACACCUCCAAUGUUUCCAAUGUUCCCGACGCCACCGCCAAGGACAUGGCCCGACUACAGGCCGAGAUAAGCCACCUGCGCACGCGCGUGCGCAGCGAUCUGAACGACGUCGAUGCCACCUUCAUCCUACUCAACUACCUCAAUGUCUUGCGGCGGCAUACCACCUCGGCCGAAGAAGAGGCGAAACGAGCCCCUGAACCGGAACAGAAACUGGAGCUAGAACCAAAAACAGAACCCGAGCGCGAACGCGAGGACAACACCAUUCUCAACGAUGCUCCUGCUGCUGACCUUGACCUCCGCGACCACGACAGCGUCGACCUGCACCUCGAUCCGCCAUCCCUCCAAUCCCGCGACGAAGCCGUCGCCUCGCCCGUUGGCAAAGCCCCCGACAGUGCCGUGGGGAUACUCGACGACGAGGCGGCCGACAAGGGCCAAAGCAGCAGCAGUCUGCCCAUUCCCCGCACCCUUGGCGUCGAUGCGCCCAGGGUCGGCUCGUCUGUGUACAGCUCCCGGCAACCAUCUCCGUCCCGUCAGUCGAGACCGUCCUCGCCGUCCAUGCCGCCACCGCCAACGCCGCCACCACGCGACACUGCCCGCGGCCCGGCGUUGCUGCCGCCCAACGAGAUUGACAACCUGAUGGACGAGCUCCGCGACGAGCUGCCCAGUCGGCCGCCCACGCCGCCACCCAAAGCUGAGGCCAGAGGGAGCAGUGCCAUGAGCUUCCGGCCUGGUGAGGCUGACCAUCUUGGUGGCGCCAACGGCGGCAGGUACUUGGCCGCUGCGCCAACACAACUCAACCACAGCGUCAGCAACGGCAAUUUUGCGGCCAUAACCACGACCACUUCCUCCUCCACGACGGCCUACCCGCCCUCGACCUCCAACAACCGCUUUGGACGCUUCCUGCGGCACAUCCGCAGCACCUCGGCGACCACGACGGCCGAGAUAAACAAGCGGCCGUCAACGGCGACAGGCGCUGUCGACCUGUCGAGCCUGUCCAUCGCCCCCACGCCGCUCACCAAUAUUGUCAGCAGCAACAGCAACAGCAGCAGUGGGCAGAGCGGGAGCAGCAGUGGUGGUGGCAACGGCAACGGCAAUGGCAACGGCAACAGCAACGGCAUCGAGCGCCGAACCAGCCGCCGCUUCUCCGCCUCGUUCCGUGCGCCCUGGGCCGUGACGACUGUCAUUGAGGGAGGCGGUGCUGCCCCAGCGACGUCCCCUGCCAAGAAAGACAGAAAGCGCGGCGCCGAAUUGGACGACGAGCCCGAUGCCGUCUUUGGCGUCUCCCUCCGCAAGAGCAUCCACAUGGCCGGUGCAUCGGCGCGCACGCACCACUCGGGCGGCCACGGGGCGUCGCGGCGCGAGUUCCCCUUGUCCGUGUUCCGGUGCUACACGUUCAUCCGGUCGGACGGCGGCCUGGAGACGCCCGAUAUUUUCGGUGGGGGCGUGCCCGGCGUCGAUGUCGAUUCCUUUGACGUGGUAAGCUUUGACCGCGUGCGGGCGCUGCGGGAGCGCUUUUCGACGGGGCCGCUCUACGGCGUGGACCUCGACGAUGCCUCCAUGGCCGCCGAGUACAGCCGCCACGACGCGGCGGCCGUGAUCCUGCAAUACUUGGAGGCGCUGCCCCGGCCGCUCGUCUCGGACUCCGUUGCGCGCCGCUGGGUGACGCUGUCGCGUCAGGCCACCAUCACCGGUUCGUACUCUAAGCGGUUGGACCAGUGCAUUGACUUUUGGGAAGAGGCACUGGGCGGUGUACGGGGACCGGCACGCAGUCUCUUGAAGCUGCUCCUCAAUCUCUGGGGCGACAUUGCCGACGCGGCCGACCGCAACGACAUGACGGCAGAGCGGCUGGCAGGCCGUGUGCUGCGGCCGCUGAUGCAGUUGGACGGCGGGCAGUACCACACGGACUAUAUGCUGAGUCUGGCAUUCAUUAUCCGCAAACGGUCCGAGUAUGCGCUGCUGCUGCGGGGUGGUGGGCGGAAGAGUAAUGCGGCGUUCGAGACGUAG